UUCACAAUGGUCAAGGUCGCCGUGGCUGGUGGUUCUGGACAGGUGUCUCGAGAGAUCAUUGACGCUCUCGCAGCGUCCAAUAAGCAUGAGAUUGUCAUCUUAAGCCGAAGGGAAGCCCCAGAUGCAGACCUUGACCCAGCAGUCAAGUGGAAGUGUGUUGACUACAACGAUAAAUCGAGCUUGAUAAAGAGUCUGAGAGGAGUCCACACCCUGUUGUCUUUCGUCCAGCUUCUCUCCGAUCCCAACCAAGAAUCACAAAAGAAUCUCAUCGACGCCGCCAUCAGUGCGGGAGUCAAGCGCUUUGCACCAAGCGAGUACGGAAGCAAGGACACAAAUCACAUGGCCUGGUGGCAGGGCAAGCAGAAUAUCAGGGACUACCUGAGACAGGUGAACGCGGCCGAAACCGUUCUCGAAUACACCUUGUUUCAACCCGGCCUGUUUCUAGACUACCUAGCUUUCCCAUACAAGACAGCCAAGCAUGUAGACCCCCUACAAUCCGUCUUCGACUACCAGAACUGCCGCGCCAUGGUCGUUGAGGGCCACGAGGACGCCGUCAUGACCUUGACGACCGUCUCCGACCUCGCUGCGGUGGUGGCUCGGGCAGUUGACUACGAAGACAGGUGGCCUACUGUAGGCGGGAUCCGAGGCAACAGGCUUACCUUUGCAGAGAUUCUCGAUAUCGGUGAAAGAGUGCGAGGACGACCUUUUACGGUCGACAAGGUCAAGAUCGAAGACCUCGCAGCCGGAAAGCUGGAGACAUCGUGGGGCUUGUCUGCGGUGCAUCAGGCGGUCGCAGCCGAUGAAGCAUCCGCUAUGCUCAAGGCAGUGUCCAUCGGCGUCCUCCUGAGCAGCACCAAGGGUGCAUGGGACUCUUCGGACGAGAUGAAUCGAAUCUUUCCGGAUUACAAGUUCACGUCUGCUGAGGACUUCCUGACGAAGGUGUGGCAGGACAAGCCGUGA